AUGGCUGAAGCCCGCUCAGCCGCUGCGUUGAGUUUUCAGAUAACCCACGAUGGCGUAUCUGUCAGCUACGAUCAAGAGCUUCUCCGUGAAGUCUGGCAUGCAUUCUCGCGACAAUACAAGCGCCGCAUCGGACAGUUUAAGAAUAACUUUUUGGCCGGCACCUUCCCAGCAAACGGCUUCACCUUCGCCGGUGUCGUCGCCGCAAUUUCUAUAUUCUCCGUUUUCCGACGGGAUUUGAGCUUCGGAAUCGUGCCCUUCAUCCAGACCUACAUUAUCCACUAUAUUUUUGGCGACGGCUUGAUCGGACUCUCGCUCUCUGUCCUCUUAUCAGCGGCCAUCGUCUGGUUCCUGUUGAUUCAGAUUUUCCGGCUGUCCUUGAAGGCUCUUCUGUCGUACAAAGGAUGGAUGUACGAAAGCGUCGGGAAGCCAGUCUCUUCGGCGACGAAGAUUUGGCUUACGGUCCUUCACUUCAUCUCCAAGGCUUCCCCAAUGCUUCACUCUUUCCAAGGAGCUCUUCCGCAUCUGCCGCUUCCCUCCCUCGAUGAAACUGUCAAUAAGCAUCUGCGCUCGAUGAAGCCGAUUUUGAAUGAUGACGAAUAUGCGGAGCUGGAGUUCUUGUCCGAGAGAUUCCGUCGUGGUGUUGGGCGCCGUCUGCAGCGUUAUUUGACCUUCAAGAGUUGGCUGUCUUCGAAUUACGUUACCGACUGGUGGGAGGAGUUCGUCUACCUCCGCCAACGUAGCCCCAUCAUGAUCAACAGCAACUAUUACGCUUUGGACACGCUGAACGAGCACCCUACCAAAAACCAGGCCGCCCGCGCCGCUAACAUGACCUGGGCUGCUCUCCAGUUCCGUCGUCUCGUUGACCGCCAGGAAGUGUCGCCGUUCUCCAUCUCCCCUAAGAGCAAGGUGCCGUUUUGCACCAUGCAGUACCAGCGGCUGUUCAACGCCUGCCGCGUGCCCGGCGUCGAGGUGGACCGCUUCUUGGUUUGCGACGAUGCGAAGCAUGUGGCCGUCUACCACAAGGGAUGCUGGUUCAAGGUGACCGUGCACAAUGGAAAGCGACUGCUGGAAGCUUGUGAGCUUCAAUACCAGUUCGAUCAAAUCGUCAACGGCGAGUACGAGCCGUCCGCUGGAGAGGCUCACCUUGCCGCGCUUACCGCUGGCGAUCGCACCCACUGGGCAAAAUCGCGAAAGGCUUUCCUCGGUUCCGGAAUCAACAAGACUUCCCUGCACGCUAUUGAACGAUCAGCUUUCACAGUAAUUCUGGAUGAUGAGGAGCAGGAUUGGGACCCGAACGAUUCUUCUCGUCUUGACGCCUGGGCCGGAAAUUUGCUUCAUGGAAAAGCCUACGAUCGGUGGUUCGACAAAUCGUUCAACCUCAUCUUCUCGAAGAACGGCCACUUUGGCAUCAACACCGAACACAGCUGGGGUGACGCCGCCGUGACUGCCCAUUUCUGCGAAUACAUUCUGAUCAAAGACGUCGUCGAAGAAGGAUAUGAUCAGAACGGAAAUGCGAAGGGCGUGCCACAGGUGAAAAUCGAACCCGAAAGGCUGCGCUGGGACAUUUGUGAAGAAGGAGUUGCCGCCAUUGAGCAGUCCCUAUCGGUAGCCAACGCCCUCAUUGAUGACACCGAAAUGGCGCUGCUCGUCUGGACCGACUUCGGCAAAGGGCUCAUCAAGAAGCUGCGGGUCUCCCCGGACGCGUUCAUCCAGAUGACGUUGCAACUCACUUACUUCAGGAACCAAGGCAAAUUCUCGCUAACCUACGAGGCAUCGAUGACAAGACUCUACCGCGAGGGCCGCACCGAAACGGUCCGGUCGUGCUCGAUUGAAAGUACCGAAUUCGUGCGGGCCAUGUGCGAUCCCAACCAGACGCGCGAAGAACGCCUACGUCUUCUCCGCGUGGCCGCCGAGAUGCACCAGCAACUGUACCGCGAUGCGAUGUGUGGAAAGGGGGUCGAUCGCCAUCUCUUUGCUCUCUACGUCAUCAAGCGCUACUUAGAGGAGGAGUCCCCGUUCUUCGACAAGAUCUUCCCUCCUACGUAUCUGCUCUCCACCUCGCAAACGCCGCUCAACCAAUGCGAUGAAGAAAUGAAGGGCAUGAGCGCUGAGCAACGGCUUCGUCUCGUCACGGCAGGAGGCGGCUUCGGCCCUGUUGCCGAUGCCGGAUAUGGUGUCUCGUACAUCAUCGCCGGCGAGGACACGAUCUCCUUCCACAUUUCAAGCCGGAAAAGCGCUUCGAAUACGAGUGGUGCCGCCUUCCGCGAGGAAUUGAAGCGAUCACUGCGCGACAUGCGGGCACUAUUCCUUGACACCAAAAAAGUCGAC